GGACUGGUAGCGGCUUAUAGUUGCCUAAGUCGACAUAUCAGCUUCGGGUUAGCGCCUCCCGUACCCGUAUCAAGGCUCGAAGCGCACGAUAUCUCUGUGCAGUCUACGCUGGAGAGGAGGCGGGUUAUACCUCUGGUUGAUCAAUCACGCCCAGAGUCUGGUCCGAAUGAGACGUCGGUUUGCGAAACGGAGGCGUGCAAGGCUGCAGCUGCGGAGAUUCUAACCAAUAUGGCUUCGAACUAUACGGUGAUGGAUCCAUGCACGGAGUUCAACGCAAUGGUUUGCACCGGUUGGGAGGCUACUCAUGAUUACCGGCCGGAACAGUCUACCAUUGGAACCCUCUCUGAUAUGGACGACAAACUGCAGGAGGUGCUCCACACCAUCCUUGAGUCACCCUAUACGUCCAAUUCGAUCCCACCAGGCACAGACCCUGCGGUUGACAAAGCCAACUUUGACAAGAUGCAAAGUGCUUACCAUGCCUGCUCUGACGAGGAGACCAUUCGGUCGUUCGGCAUCAAGCCGCUCACAGAUAUCUUAGAUAGCUUUGAGGAGGUCUUCCCACUUGAUGGACCUGAGACCGUGGGAAAGGAUGAACUGACCAAAGCAAUCUUGAAUCUGUCCGGGAAAGGCGUGGGAGCCCUGGUGGGCGCCGGUCCAUCUGCCGAUGAUAAGGAGCCCGAUGUCAUGGCCGUAUAUCUGUCUCCUGGCAGCGUCGGACUUCCGUCGAAAGAGUAUUACAACAUCUCCGAUGUCGUGGAGAAAUAUAAAACCGCCAUCACCGCCAUGUUCGAAACCAUGUACGGAAACUCGACUGGUCCCGCGGCCCCCUCAGGCUAUCGAAACCGUCAAGCCGCCGGGUUUGCAGACUUAGCGAAGAAGAUCUCGGAUUUCGAGGGUUCACUUGAUGUCCUUACAGCUGACCCGGCUGAUGCUGCCGAUGUAACGAAAUAUUACAACCCCAUGACGCUUGCGGAAGUCGAUGCCUGGAUUCCCUCCAUCUGCAUUACGGAUAUUGUGAGGGGCCAGGUUCCGAAGAACUUCACCUCUGACCGAGUCAUCAACACUGACCCGGCCUACUACAAGAAUGCAUCUGCAAUCAUUGCCAGCACUCCCAGAGAGGUCCUCCAUGGUUACUUUAUAUGGGGAAUCAUACGGCGUUGGUCUGGACGCUUGCACAAGGAUUUCAAUAAGCCAUGGCGGCAAUUCAACAAUGUCCUAGCCGGGCGCGAUCCAGACGCCAUUGCCGAUCGGUGGAGAACAUGUGUAGCAGAAGUGGAUGGAAAUCUAGGCUGGCUUGAGAGUGGAGUAUAUGUGCAACGUGAAUUUGGUCCAGACCAGAAGGCAUUUGGUGACCGUAUCAUCGCCGAUAUCAGGUCUCAGUUCAAUACCAAGUUGAUUGGCUUGGACUGGAUGUCUGAAGAUGUCAAGAAGGUUGCCCAAGAGAAAGUUCGCAACAUUGUCCAGAAGAUCGGAUACCCCACCAAGUCCCCCAACGUUCUGGACCCGCAAGACUUGUCGGACUACUAUUCUGGACUAUCUAUCAGCAAUGAGACGUACUUUGCCAAUGGCGUGGCCUUUUCCAAGUUUGGCGAUGCGAAGGAGUGGAUCCGCCUCCUUGAACCCACUGACAAGGACCGCUGGUACAUGACCGUCCCCACCGUAAACGCCUACUACAACCCCCCCGGCAACGAGAUCGUCUUCCCCGCCGGCAUCAUGCAAUACCCCGUCUUCCAACUCGGCCUCCCCGAAUACGUCUCCUACGGCUCCUUCGGCGCUGUUGCCGGCCACGAACUCUCUCACGGCUUCGAUAACUCCGGCCGCAACUACGACGUCAACGGCACCUACACCGACUGGUGGGACAACAGCACCGUGACGGCCUUUGAGCAGCGCGCCAACUGCUUCGUCCAGCAAUACGGAAACUUCACCGUCCCCGGCCUCGACAACCAGCCGCUGCAUGUCAACGGCGAUCUCACCCUCGGCGAAAACAUCGCUGACGCAGGCGGUGUCUCCGCCGCGUACGGCGCGUGGUCACUGCGAGAGUUCACGCAGCCGAACCAGCUGCUGCCUGGGCUGGAACGGUUCUCGAAGGAGCAAAUGUUCUUCAUUAGCUUCGGGACGACGUGGUGUGGGAAGGUGAGGAAGGAGACGGCGGUUAAUCGGGUGUACACGGAUCCGCAUAGCCCGCCGCAAUACCGCAUUUUGGGCACUCUUGCGAAUUCUCGGCCGUUCAAGGAGGCAUUUAAUUGUCCUGUCAAGGAGCCGACUUGUGAGCUGUGGUAGACUGCGGCUGUUCAUUAUUUCAGUCAUGUGGAACAUAAAAAUUGUUUCACACAGGACAUGUCC